AUGAGGUAUCAUAGUAUUAUCAAUUUAAAACCAUUAUAUAUUAUUUCAAAUCGAUCACGAUAUCAUAUAAUAAAUCGAACAAAACUUAUAAUUGAACAAGUAUCGAUUGGUGACGAAGGAUUUUAUACAUUAAAAAUUCAAACUAAAUUAAAUACUUAUAAACAAUAUCUUUAUCAUGUAAUUUUAUUUACACAAAAUCUUUCACUUUUUAUAACUCCACCAUCGUAUCAACAAAUUACUUAUCAUGCUGAACAAUCAAUCAAUUUGACUUGUUCAAUAUCUUUAUAUGCUGAUCGUACUUAUAUUGAACAAAUACGUUCAUUAUUUUCAUCAAUUUGGUUUAUGAUUAUUUAUAAUAAUGAUCCUGAUUAUUAUCAACUACUUUCACCAUCAUCAUCUAUUUCUUAUAUAUAUACAGCUUAUCUUUUCAAUUAUGAACUUAAUCAAAAUGAUCAUAAUCAAACAGUAUCUUGUGCACUUAUUCAACAAGAUUUAAAACAAAUUAUUAUACUUAAUGUUACUUUAAUAGAUGUAUUAAAUAUUGAAUAUAAAGCAUAUUUAUAUGGUAAUUAUUAUUUUAUACGUUCAUUUAAUAGUUAUUCAUCAAUUGAAAUAAAUUGUGAAGAAUUUCAUGGAAAUCCAAAACCAGUUUAUAGUCUUAUAUGGAUGUUAAAUGGAGAAAAUCGUACAUUAUUGAAUAAAACAAAACAUGGACGAUAUUUUAUUGAUAACGCUACUUGGCGACAUCGAGGAAAUUAUACAUGUCUUGCUGAAAAUUAUCUUAAUAACCAUCAACCGGUACAUCAAUCAUUUCGUCUUAAUAUUUGGUUUAAUGAACAUGAAUUAAAAUUUCAACAUCAAACAAAAUUAUUAUCGUUAGAACAAUUAUUUCAAUUAAAUACAAAUAAAUCAAUUAUAUUAAUAUUUCUAAUUAUAAUUUUUAUUUUUUCUUGUAUUUUCUUCAUUUUAUCAUUUUAUUAUUUUUGUUUACAAAUUAAAUAG